AUUAAAAUUCCACUCAGCACGCGCCGCCAUGACUUCGGAUUCGCCGUCGAUCCCGCAGCAAUUAGCGGCGAAGCUCGCUAGGACGAGCUCCGGUCCAACCUCCUCUAAAAUCGCGGCCGUGCCGGCGGCGUUGGGGGAUGAUCUGCCGGUGGAAAUCCUUCUUGACAUUUUCUCCAGGCUGCCGGUGAAGUCUCUCCUCCGUUUCCGGUCAGUCUCCAAGCUCUGGCGUUGCCUGAUCGGCGAGACGUGUUUGGUGGGGCCUCACUUCUCCCGCUCCCUCCGCAAUGUCCUCCACCACCACUUCCUCAUCACCGCUUACAGCGUUGAAAAAUCAAAGCUCACUAUCUUGUCCGGCGACACCCGUUCCGGCGGCGGACCACCGGCCUGCCUCUUCUGCUUCUCGAAUUGCCGGUUCCAGCAGACUCUAUUCGGCCGCAUAAAAGGAUUCGCCUGGCAUCCGCACCGAGACAGGUUCAUCCGUCGCGAAGAAUUCCGGUAUCUCUUUAACCCUAGCACUCGACAAAUUCUGGAAAUUCCUCUGAAUACUCUCACUUGGGAUAUCAAUCUCUGUUUAUACGCUUUAGGUUUUAGUCGAAACAGGGAGGAAUUUAAGGUCCUCAGCAUUAACAUCUCGGAUGGUUAUGAAUGUCAUAUUCUCACCAUACGAAUGAGUGGUAUUGGUGAAUGGAAAAAGGUUAAUUCCCUAAUGCCAUUUGAUAUUAAGAAUGAGUUUUGCAGCAUACGCUACCAGGACUGCGUUUGUGUAGCCGGUGUGAUGCAUUGGAUCUUAUGGAAGGUCAAGAAGAUUGCAACUUUCAACCUGGAAACAGAGAGUUUUUCAACCAUGGAGCUCCCAGUUGAGUUACAGGCUUUCGGGGCGAAUGUAAGGACGUUUUAUCUGCUCGAGAUUGAUGGCUGCUUAGCAGUGGUAUGCGACGGAGAUAUUCCGGAAUUUGGGUCCUGCAGGAUAGAUCUUUGGAUAUUGAAAGAGUAUGAGAGUGGGAAUUGGAUUGGAGACAUCAUAAAUCUGCCUGUUUACUAUAUGGGGGCGUAUUUAACUGGUUCCAUCCCCUAUUCAGGCGAGAUCGUGCUGGCAACCCAGAGGCGCUCUGCAGAUUCUGCAAUUGUUCCAUUGUAUGAUAGGAUUACCAAAAGUUUUCGGGAGGUGGAAAUCCCGCUCCCUCCAUCGUUGUCUUCAUACGAUGUGAAGCUCGGGGAUGCUAUGGUUUACACCGAAAGCCUCUUCUCUUUUAGGUUUCUGUUCAUUUCUUUGGAUUGAAAUGGCAGAGUGGAUCUUGAAUUCUUGAUUGUGGCAAAUCAAGCACAAAACUCUCUUGAAUCGACAUUACAGUAGCCUCUCCUGAAGCUUGUAAGUCUCUCCGGUUCUGUUUUUUUUCAUAGACAAGAAUAUUACCUUGUGAUUCAUACAUGAUGAUACUCUAGUCUGCAAUUCAUACUGUGUAUCAUGGCUAACAGAUGAAUAAUCUUAUUAAGCUUAUGUAUGUUUUUUUUACCUCUGCCUCCUGAAUAAAACCCCAUCAGUAUUGGGUUGUAACUUGUAAGUAAUCGCCCGAAAUGAGAGUUAAUAGUUUGUAUA